UAAGAGCGCUGCUAGUUCCGUUAUAACCGCAGAGGACGGCGAAACGUCUACGAAAACCUGGGGAAGGUUAAAAAAAACGGGUUAAAAAAAGUUAGUUCCGCUCUUAGCAUGUUUUCACAUGAAGAAAUCUGUUAAAAAGCGAAGAACAGGUUUCCCCCCCCAGUGCGAGGACCCUUCCAACAUCAGAGGCGAUGCGAUGUGCGUGAGCUAUGCCUUUUAGAAAUGGACAGAUUUUAUCCAAGCGAAAACAUGGCGCCUCUUUCCCCAAGUUUGGAUUAUUUUCCAGUCUGCUCUUCACUCUCUGUUGCCUGGAGGCAUGGGGCUGGAGCCCAGCGCACGGGGACGGCGGCAGCGGGAGGAGUUGCGGGAGCCCGUGUCCCGGUAACUGUACGUGUGUUCUUGCACCAGGGUCCCGAGAAUCGUGCGUGGUUAAUUGUACGAACAUCGGUCUGGAGCGGGGACCAGCGGCGGGGGAUCUACCACCGGGAACUAACGUCCUAGAUCUGUCCAGGAACCGUAUCUCAUCUCUGGAGCCAAGUCUCUUUGAUCAACUCACCUCCCUACGAGAACUGUAUCUACAGGACAACAGAAUCAGUGUUCUCCCCAGAGGGGUCUUCUGCUCCAGACCCCUGUUCUCUAUACUAGAUUUGAGUAACAACCAGAUCACCACCAUAGAAGAAGAAAUAUGUGAUCAUUUAUUUAAUUUAACAGAAAUUGACUUAAGCAGCAACCCGUUUGUGUGUGACUGUAAGUUAUUUCGUCUGGUGAGCUGGCUUCAGGAGAGGGGAGUGCGGGUGCGUCACCCAGAGAACAUGCUCUGUGUCCAACCGCCUGACCUGAGACACCAACCACUACUCAAUGUGUCACUGCUCACCUGCGGUCUGAACUAUGCAGCCUGUCUGGAGGACAGUGACCACAGUGGAGGAGGCAGUGAGCUGGUCAUCUUCUCUUCAUCCACGCCGGGUAACUUCUCCCGGGAGGAGUGUAACUCUGUGUGUUACGGGGCCUCCCAACGCUACGGGGGCCUGGGGGCCCGGAGGGAGUGUCUCUGCAGCACCAACUACGAACCCAACCGCAUCAGUGAAGCUCAGUGCUCUGCUGCCUGCACCAAGCCUCACGUCAUGAAGGAAUGUGGUUGGACGUUGGCCCAUGACGUCUUUGUGGUGGACUUCGCUGCGUCUCUCCCUCCUUUCCCUCCCGUCAGUGUCCACUCCUCCGCUCAUCUGUCUCUCCUCUCUUCGGUGACCCCUGUCACCCUCUCCUGGGACUUCGGUGACCUUUCACCCCGGGUCAACGCUACGGAAACGGUCGACAUGACGACGAAUCAUAAAUACGCCGUCCCUGGGCGCUACCCUGUCAGUGUCACCGCCUGGGCCGGACCCAAGGAGGUGUGUGCACGCAGGGAGGUGAGAGUGACUCUGCCCCCUCGGUUGGAGCUGCACUGCCCACCGCUGACCGUAGCCAAUCAGAGCCUGGCGGUAAGACUGGUCAGCUGGGGGGGCGAGGGCGUGGCGGUGGACUGGAGGAUCACUAAGGACGGACAGGAGGCCGCCAGAGCCACUCCAUACUGUCCCAGGGAUGCAGUGUUCCAAUGCAGUGUUACAGACUCGUCCCAGUGCUUCCAGUUGGUUCCAGGGGAGUUCAGCUGGUCCGAGGCCAGGCGGCAGUGCUCCUCUACAGGGGGAGACCUGGCCGUGGUCCGCACUGACCCGCUACGCAGACGGCUGGCCGACAGAGUCACACAGUGUGUGUUCUCUACCCCCUACAGGGAGCGUAGUGUUUGGUUGGGUCUCAGUGACGUGGACUCUCCAGGCUCGCUGCGCUGGGUGGAUGGAUCGGAGGCGCUGGAGGGCGAGGGCGGAGGGAGAGACCGGGCUACGCUGGUUCGGGGGAAAGUGUGUGUGUCUCUAGACCACACAGCUCUGCCCAGCUCACACCCCUGCAGCACUAAACGGGCCUACGUCUGCCAGUACAGCCCCCAAGUGCGUGUUCCUGAUGCGGGGGUGUACCUGGUGGGCUUGGCUGUUUUCCCCACCCACAGACCUCUCUGUAGCCCCGCCCCCACACCGCUCUCCUCCCCUGAACCACCAGCCAGGAGCAUAGAGCUCCUGUUGUUCCCAGCGUUGGGGUUUGUUCAGGCAGGUCGUGUGUCAUCUGUAGAGUUCAUCUGUCAGGAGCUGUCCUCAUACACUCAGCUUGUCCUACAGAUCUACAGACCUCACUGUGGCCAGCACCCUGGACUAACCCUGCUGCUGCCUGGAUGCGGUGGUCUCCUAUGUCAUCCUGUGGCUCUGUGUGUCUCCAUGGAGCCCAGCACCUCCACCGCUUUACCAUCCACGUCCUGCCCUCCUCCCCAGCAGUGGUGCCCCUUCCUGGGCCGCUGCCUGCCCCUAGCCAGCCCCUGCCACCCUGGAUCCUGUGCCAACUGUACCCAGGCAGACACUCUGCCACCCGGGGCGCUGCGUCCCAGCUACAGCCUGGUGGAUGAGGUGGUGGUUACACUGCCUGCUGGACCUGUUACACACAUACUGGUGAGGGAGCAUGUCGAGGACCUGCUGGUCUCCCCCGGCGACAUCAUCGGCCUGCAGCACAACGCUGGCCCCGCCUCCCUGCUCCGCUGCGACCCUUCACCCCAGUCGCCGUGGCGACAGCCAAUCCUGGCCCUCAACCAAUCUGACUGGCUGUGGGCCAACUCCAACCAAUCAGAAGGUUCCGUGGACCUGGACCAGAGCGUUGAAAUUACCCUGGAGGAUGUUCGAGGAGGAGUCUGGGCUGCGGACGUGGUCUGCCCGAUCAGGGUGCUCUACGUUGGGCAUAGUGAGACCCAGCUACAGGGGUCCCAGCUCUCCUCCGGCCUCCCCCAGCCGGGGCUCUAUAGCCUGGAGGUGACCUCCGACGACCCUGCCUUCCCCGUCAUGGCGUCAUGUCCCAUCCGCGUGGUCCCUCCCCUGGGCCUCACCGUCCUCCACCCCCCCUCUCAGAACGGAACCUACUACUUCAGGCCCAACCAGACGGUGGUUCUGCUCCGGGUCCACUCUCAGUACGGAGCCAAAGUCCACUGGCAGGGAAGCAACCAGAGUGUCCUCUUCCAGGACCACUGCCCCCCUGACUUCCUGUCCACUGUGGGGGAGUGUAGAGGGGCAGGCAGGGCAGGAGAACCAGGGAGAGGCGGGGGGAACCAGAGCCACAGUCUGUUUGCGGUGAUAGAUCUGGGGCUCGGGGAGGAGAGGGGGCCGGUGGUGGUGAAUCUGUCAGCACACAGCGAGGUGACGGAGGCCAGUCUCAGCCUGUUGGUCGGGGUGGAGGAACCUCUGAGAGGUCUGGUGGUCCAGCCUCAUCCCAGACACAGAGUCCUCAUGGAAUCAGUCGUGAGCUAUACUGCUGCUGUAGAGGGAGGUUCCAGCCCAACCUUUAAAUGGACAGUGGAUGAUAAGCCCUACUUCACCUAUUACAACACCGUGCUGAACAUCAUAUACCAGAACCCAGCUGUCUACAAACUAUCGGUGACGGCGAUGAACCAUGUGAGCAACCUGACGGACCACUUCAACGUGACGGUCGACCGUAUGAACCCCAUGGUCAACCUCACGGUCACCGGCGUGCCUGGCGUGGUCACGCAGGGCUCGGACCAGUUCCUGACCACCUCCGUGGUCCUGGAUGUGUCCGUGGACGCCACCUUCCGGUGGUCGUUUGGAGACGGAGGUUACCAGGAAUAUGACUUUAAACCUCCCUACAACACCUCCCUGUACCCUCCCCUACCAGACUCCCCUACACAGGUGCUCCUGCCCAACAAAGUCAAGUACAAGUACCAACAGCCAGGAGUGUACACCGUCCUGGUGUCUGUGUCUAACCAUUACGAGAACAGAACCCAGCGCAUCGACAUGCACGUAUACAGUGUCCUUACCCACGUCGACAUAGAAACAGAGCCCCGCCUCCUCCAGGCCGGCCAACCAGCAGCUUUUGAGGCUCACGCCUUGCCCUCGGCCUAUGGCAUCGUCUAUACGUGGGAUUUUGCCGAUGGCUCCGCCUCCAGAGAGGGGCCUCAACGUCGUGUCAACCACACCUACGGGGUCGGCCACAGUGGCGUCCAUAAUGUGUGUGUGUCCGUGAAUAAUACCAUCAGCUGGACGAAGGCCUGCGCUGAGAUGUUGGUGUACGAGGAGAUUAAAGGGUUAACGGCGACCUCCUCCGCCCCGACCGAGCUCAACACCCCGACGACGGUCUCUGCACACCUGCAGGCCGGUAACAACGUCACCUGGAGCUUCGUCAUGGGCGACGGGUCCAUGGUGACGACGGCGGGUUCCGAGGUUCCGCACACCUACGUGAAAGACGGGAACUACACAGUGAACGUGACGGCGCGGAAUGCGGUGAGCGCCCGCUGGACCCUGGUACCUGUCCAGGUGUUCGUGCUGCAGGUGGUGAGGCUGGAGCCGGGGGGCUGUGUCAGGGAGCUGACCCAGGUCGACUUCCAGGCCUUCGUUUCGGGGAAUGCCUCCUCUCACCUGUAUGAGUGGAGCUUCGGGGACGGGACCCCCAACCAGACACACCUGGGCAGCCCCAGGAUCAACCACUCCUACGGGGGCAGCGGGGACUACCACCUCUCCCUGCUGCUGUCCAGCGGCGUCAACAAGGCCAACUUCUUUGCGUGGGUUUGUGUCCAGCCGGCGGUGUCCAACGUGACCCUGACCCCAGAGAAAUGCAACUUCAGACUGGGGGAGGAAAGCCGGUUCAGGGCCAGCGCCCGGCCAGACUUCGACUACACCUACCUAUGGGAUUUUGGGGUGAUUGAGGACUCUACACCUGUCCAGGGCCAUACGGACAUGGUGUUCACCUAUAAAAACCCUGGUCAGUACCUGGUGACGGUCACUGUGUCCAACAACAUCUCCUGCAGUAACGACAGCGUCCUGAUUCAGAUCCAGCGGCCGGUAGGACUGGUCCUGAUCCAACAUAACGGGACUAGAUCCAAUAACCUGACUCUGAGGGAGGUGUACCUCUUCACCACCUCUUCGCUGGCGCCUGCCAGCCUCUACACCUGGGAUUUCGGCGACGGAACGCCCCUCACCCCCGGCCCGAACGCGACACACGCCUACAACGUCUCUGGAGUCUUCAAUGUCACGCUGACGGCGGCGAACCCGGUGAGCAGCAACCACACCCGGGUUGCCGUGGCGGUCCUGGCACCCAUACGCGGCCUGGUGGUCAACGCUGAUCGGGUCAACGUUCCCAUAAACGCCACAGUCAACUUCAAGGCUCACCUGGAGGAAGGUGAUGGCGUGCGGUUUUCGUGGAACCUGUGUGACGGCUGCACGCCCAGGCUCCAAGAAUGGAAGACUCAUUACACCUUCCGGUCGGUGGGGACGUACAACGUCAUCGUCACAGCAGAGAGCGACGUGGGCUCAGCCCAGGCCAGCGUAUACAUCUACGUGCUGCGGGAGCUGGAGGGGCUGCAGAUCCAGCCUGAGGAGGAGAUGGGGGGCGAGGGGGGGUGCUGCUACGCUACGAACCGUGUGCUGCACCUCCAGGCCGCGCUGAGGGAAGGGACCAACAUGUCCUUCAGCUGGAACCUCCUCAGGGAGUUGGCGCCGGUCAGCACUGCGCUCAACCUCAGCGGGAAGACCAUCCCAGUCAACUUCUCCACCCCUGGUCCCUGUGAUGUCUUCCUGCGGGCCACCAACCUCCUUGGAACGCUCGCGGUGAACAGAACCAUCCAGUUCCUCGAUCCGGUUGGAGAGCUGUACCUGGAGACCAGCGUCAACCCUGUGGCGGUCAACUCCUCCACUAACCUGACGGUGUUGGCCAGUAAAGGCUCGGACCUGCAGUACCGGUGGUCGGCUGAUGAGGGCGCUCUAGGCUGGAAUGAGCCCUCUGUGGUUCAUCGGUUCACUGUUCCAGGAAUGAAGGUCGUUACUGUGGAAGUGUCCAAUGAGGUCAGCGCCGAUACGGUGUCCAAGUUCAUUGACGUCCAGGAAGUGGUAACAGGAGUUACGUUCUCUGCGACUAACGUCACGGAGCAGAACUUUGUGGCCACCGGCGUCAAUGUCUCCCUCCACGGAGAAUUAAGGACCGGCACCAACGUAUCUUGGACCUGGCUGUUGCUGGGCAGAACAGAAAUGGGACGGAGGGUGUCCCACGUUUUCCAGGAACCAGGGCAGUUCACCGUUAUGCUAAACGCUACCAACGACGUUAGCGGCGAGGCGUUUUCCAGAGAGUUGACGGUACAGGAUAAGAUUCAGGGGUUGGAGCUGAGGGCCAGUAAGAGGAUCGCUGCGGUCGGGGAGAGGGUGGAGUUUACCAUCGCCAAGGCGUCAGGGACGAACGUGAGCUUCAUCCUCAGCAUCAGCGGAGACUCGACCGUUUUCGGCCUCAACCAGACCUACGUUCACCAGUUCAGCCGGGUCGACACCUACAUGGUAAACCUGACCGCACACAACCAGGUGAGUUCUGAGCGGCGCCACCUGCAGGUGGAGGUGAUGGAGCCAGUGAGCAUGCUGAGUAUCCUGGACUGCUGUGACGUCGCCAUGCCUGUGGGCGUCAAGAAGACCUUGGUAGCCGACAUCCUGACAGGAAACCCGGUGACCUUCCUGUGGACCUUUGACCUUAACCACCUCCCCCUUCCCCACAUCGGGAAGGAGGUGACCUACAUCCCCGACCAGGCCGGGUCACUCACCAUCUACCUGAGGGCGUUCAACCUGCUCAACGGCCAGAACAUCACCAAGCACAUCCAGGUGCAGAACGUUCUGACGGAGGCCCGGGUGGAGGCCCGGCCCAGAGACACCUUCAUCAACAAGACGGUGAUGCUGAUGGCGGGCGUCACGCCUCAAUCCACACCCGUUACCUUCCUCUGGGACUUUAGGGACGGCUCUGCGCCCCUGCUCUCCGCCACCUCCUCUGUUGAACAUGUGUACGCGUUCCCAGGUCAAUACCUGGUCCAGGUGAACUGUAGUAACUUGGUGAGCUGGGUGGUAGCCAGGGUGGAGGUGACCAUCAGGGUGUUGGAGUGUGAGGAGCCAGAGGUUCAGGUAGUCCAGGCUCCUAGGCUAGCCAUCUGGCGCUACCAGCCCACCCUGGUGGAGGCUAGCGUGGACCUGAAGGCUUGCAUCCGCUACGGAGCCCAGUACCUCUGGGAGAUCUUCUCCACCCCGCACUGCAACUACGACCAUUCGGUGGCAGCACCUCUGGCCUCUAAGAUCCCUCUCCCGGGGGAAGUAGACGUGCGACGGCUGCAGCUCUCGCUGCCCAAGAUGGCUCUGCGUUCGGGGAACUACUCGCUGGUGUUCUCCCUGUCCUACCAGGGGGUUCCCCUGAGGAAGGCUGCCUGUCUACAGCUAACCGUCAUGGCCGCCCGCCUGGUUCCUAUCAUAGAGGGAGGGACCUACAGGGUGUGGUCCAAGACCCAGGACCUGCAGCUGAGUGCUGAGCAGAGCUAUGACCCCAACAUGAGCCUGGACAACCAGUCACUACUCCACUACCACUGGGACUGUGUCACCACCUCCAAGGGGCCAUCGUACUGUUCCAGUCUGAACUUUGGUCUGGGGUCCAGUGGUCCUGUCCUGGGUAUUCCUGGCUCUGAGCUCCAGGCAGAUGUAGAGUACACCUUCAGACUGACAGUCCGCAAGGAGGGAAUGGCCCCAGAGUCUACUACACAGACCGUGCUGGUCCAGAGUGGUCGUAUCCCCAUGGUCUACCUGGAGUGUGUCUCUUGUAAGGCCCGGUCCAUCUUCGAGGUCAGUCAGAACUCCUAUGUCUACCUGGCUGGAACCUGCACCAACUGUCACCCCUUCCACCGCGGGCGUUGGACGGCAGUCACCCUUCGUAACGAGACCCUGGUCCUGGACUCCAGCAGCACAACAACCGGACGUGACAGUAUGAACCUGGUUCUCCGCCAGGGCAUCCUGCAAGACGGAGACUCCUACGUCUUCACCCUCCACGUAACCGACGGCAACAUGGACCGCGAGGGCGUGGCGUCCAUCACGCUACAGCCCAACAUGCCCCCGGCGGGCGGGGACUGUGACCUGCGAGUGGGGGGAGGAGGAGAGGGGGGACCAAUCAGAACACUGGUGGACAGGGUGUACUUCAACUGUUCAGGUUACAGUGACCUGGGCGUGUCAGAGACCCCUCUCCUGUAUAGCCUGUUGGUGACUCGCUGCAGUGACAUGCACUGUGAGGAGUUCUGUGUGUAUAAAGGGACCAGUCCAGAGCACUCUGCCUUCCUGCCCCCUGGGUUCAGAUCAGGUCGAUACAGGGUGUCAGCAUCCAUUACUGUAGAAGACCACCAGGGGGCAGCAAUCACCGCUCUCAACAAGUCUGUGGAGGUGGUUCUUCCAGACAGUCCUCCAGGCUACAGCAGCCUGCCCCACUGGCUCAGUGAGCUGACCUCCACCACACUCAGACAGCUACUGAAACAGGGAGACUCACAGAGGGUCAGAGAGCUGUCCCUGGUCCUGAUCACUGUUCUCAAUGAGUAUGAGCAGACCCGUGAGUCGCCGAUAGUAUCCAGGGCGGAGCGCGGUUUCCGGGUCAUCGUGCGUAGUGACAUCACCAGAGCUCUCACGGCCCUCGACCUGACUACAGUUAACGACAUACAGCAGACCUCGGCUGCCCUGGCACAAUGCACGGCGGUGAGUCGGGAGUUUAUCUGUGAGGAAUGUCAGAACAGCACGUUGAAUAAGCUGGAGUUGAUGUUGGACAUCCUGGAGACAGACACCAAGCAGGGAACAGUCACACCUACUGAGAUAGCAGACAACAUCCUCAACAUCAUGGGUGACCUUAUCCACCAGGUAAGCCAGUCGGCCUCCCAGCAGCUCUUGGGGCCCCCUACCCCGACCUAGCUGGACUCCUCCCUUCCCCAGCCUCACCAGCCCCCCGAGGCACACCCCCUGCGCGUAGCAGCCCAGGCCUAUAAUCUGUCGUCGGCGCUGAUGCGUAUCCUGAUGCACUCCCGCGUCCUUAACGAGGAACCACUGGUGCUGCGGGGGACGGAGAUUGCCGCCACGGGAAAACGGGCCGACCCCCAGUCACUGUUCUGUUACCACGACGAUGACUCACCGGAGUGCAGACGGUUCUCCAUCCCCAGAGCCUUCAACAACAGUCUGAGCAGAGCAGCUACCAGCGUGGUACAACUCAUGUUCCAGGUGGAGCCCAACCCGUUCCCCUUUAACUUUGUGGCUAACUACACAGUCAGUACCGAGGUGGCCUCCAUGGAGUUCCGGGCAGACAACGGUUCCCAGAUCCCAAUCUCAGACCUCGACGACAACCAAGCCAUCACCGUUGCCGUGAACAAUGGCAGCGCCACCGACAGCAAUGGGGCAGGGGUGACGGGAGUCCCUUUAGCCAGGGCCAUUAACGUGAGCCGGUGUGACUCUGUCAUCGUACGGGUCAGCGCCGGUAACUCCAACCAGCAGGCCGGACUGUUCAUCCAACUCAACUUCACCACCCUGGACGACGGGGUGAGGUCAGAGGUGAGCGAGGCGGACCCCUCCAUCAUGACCUACCUCCACUCCUCCAACUGGCCCAACGAGUUCAACUUCACAGACAGGAAACGCAUCACACUCAGCAUGACCAGGGGGCGGGACCUGGACCACAGGAAGUACACCUUCUUCCUGUCCCCAGAGUCCCAUGACACAACCCUGGACUACUAUGUCAACGUGACAACGGGCUGUACCACUGACUCCCCCAGCGCGGGGGUGCGUCUGGAGGUGGGUGUGUUUACGUCCCUGUGCCAGUACUUCAGUGAGAGCGCCAAGCUGUGGCGUACGGACGGCAUGGUGCCGCUGGCAGAGACUAAUGCCAGCCGGGCCGUCUGCAGCACCCGGCACCUCACAGCCUUCGCUGCCAGUCUCUUCGUUCCACCUGAUGCUGUCACCUUCAUACGGCCUGAGCGGGGGGUUCCCAGCCUCGUGGUGUUGUUGACGUGUGUGGUGGGGUUGCUGUGUUACGCCGUGGCGGCGGCCAUCUUACAUAAACUGGACCAGCUGGACCUGAGGAGGGCGGGAACGGUGCCGCUCUGUGGACACGACGGAACAUUCAAGUACGAGGUGCAGGUCAAGACCGGCUUCAGCCGCGGGGCAGGCACGUCAGCACAUGUAGGCAUCAGUGUGUACGGCUGUGAGGGGCGUAGCGGGCAUCGACACCUGGACAGCCCCGGGGCCUUCGCACGUAAUGGACUGGACAUCUUCCACAUCGCCACGGAAACUAGCCUGGGCAGCGUCUGGAAGAUCCGCGUCUGGCACGACAACAAGGGUCUGUCUCCAGCAUGGAAGCUCCAGUACGUCCUGGUGAAGGACCUACAGACAGGAAGCAGUUACUAUUUCCUGGUAGAGGAGUGGCUGUCAGUGGACAACGAGAGGACAGCUGGAGGCGUGGAGAUAGAGGUGGAGGUCUCAGAAGAGGCAGAGCUUCGUCGGUUGCCCCGCCUCCUGAACUGGGAGCUUCAGCGUGCUCUGUGUGAGAGUCACUUGUGGCUGUCGCUAUGGGAACGGCCCGUCCGCAGUCCCUUUACCCGCCUCCAGAGGGCGACAUGCUGCGCCCUGCUGCUACAGCUCUGUCUGCUGGCUAACACCAUGUGGUACAGCACCGUGGCCAAUAGGAGCUACAGCUCUGUAGCAGUGUCCAGGCUGGUGGUGGUGAAUGUGGAGACUGUGGCUGUGGGAGUGGUCAGCUGUCUGGUGAUUUACCCCCUCUACCUGCUGGUCUUCACUCUCUUCAGGAUGAGUCGUAGCAAGUGUGUGUCAGUAGAACAGGUGCCGUCCUCCCAGGUGGACCAGGAGUCAGUGGAGAUAGAUGACUUCCUGGACAACUCCAUGGCAGGAAGCUCCUUCCUCAUCUUUAACGGUGUCCCUGGAGAGACCUAUUCAGAAGAGACCAACGUGGACCUCCCCCCCACGCCCUCCACCAAGAGUGUCCAGAGUUGGGGUGUGGUCCAGGAAGAGGAUGACGACGAGGAGCGUGAUUGGCCAGAGUUGUUGAGUGACAUGUCUGAGGUGGGAGGGGCGGGCCUGGGGGCGGGGCUACCCAAGUUGAAGAGAGGUCAAGGUUCAAGACACCUGGGGGUGGACAUGACCCUUCACCCUGACAAUGACGACCUCACACACCGCAAUAAGUACUUCACAUCCUCAGAUGAAGACCUGAUUAAGCGGAUCCUGGCGGACGGCCAGCUGCAGGUGUCUCAUCUCUGUGACCCCCAACAUUUCUUCUCCCAGACAGCAGACAGCGAGACGGCCGACCUGUCCAGUAUCUUUGGUGAUAAGACAGAGGUGGUCCUCCUUCAGAAGAUGAAUGAACCGCUGUCCCUCGGAGCCGUCAAGAGGGAGCCCCCUAGAACAGCCUUCACCUCACGCACAGUUGUAACAGACGUGUGUAGUCCGAGGCGUUUCCCUCCCUGGUGUGGGCAGGCUGCUCUAUGGGGCAGCUGGUCGGGGCUUGUCCUAGCCAAUGGGCUGUCAGUGUGGGCAGGAAGAGGCUUCAGUGAUGCCGUGGCUCUGAUGUGGAUCAUUUCCUGUAUCGGUAGCUUCCUGUCCUCCUGCUUGCUGCUGGAGCCAAUCAAGGUGCUACUAGAAGGCCUGUACUUUGCCCUGUGGGUGAAGAGGCUCCGCCCAGAGGAGCAGGAUGUCCUGGUGGAGUGUCCUCGUGUUGACAGAGUUGUCCAGCGUGUCCCCAGAGUCAGACCACCCCAAGGCUUCGCUCUGUCCCAGGCCAGACAGCAGGCCCGCAAGGUCCACAUGCUGCACAGCAUGCUCAAGAACUUCCUGGUCUACAUGCUCUUCCUGUUGGUGGUGUUGCUGCUCAACUACUCUGACACGACCAAGGACACACACAGCCUGCGACUCCGCACACAGUUACAACUCACACUACACACACCGGACCAGGCCAACAUCAGCAGGCGUGAGGAUGUGUGGGCAUGGCUUUCAGGCUCCCUGUUGCCAAGGUUACUGGAUAGCACCACCCUAAUGCAGGAAACAGGAAGUGUGCUCCUGGGCACGCCCAGACUACGACAGAUACGAGACGUUAGUCUGUCCUCUCCAGGUUCCAUCCAUGGGGCAGGAGCAGCAGGCUGGGGAGAGGGGUUGACUGGCUCAGCAGUACACAGGAAGCUGACCCAGAACUGGACCUUACACACGGCUGAUGACAACGGAGCGUGGCGUUGGGGUCAGGUGAUGGUGUACGGGAGCGGAGGUUUCGUCCAACAGCUGAACAGGAACAUAGAGGAGACCAGAACAUCACUACAGUACCUACAGCAGUUACACUGGAUGGACCACAUGACACGGGCUGUGUUUGUGGAGUUCUCUCUCUACAACACCAACACAGACCUUUUGGCCUUCUUCUCCUUCCUGUUUGAGUUCCCCGUCUCUGAGCACACUCAGUCCAGCCUCGACCUUUUGACCUUCCGCCUGCAGCCUAUCACAGGCCUCGACCUGCAGCUGCAGCUCACGAUCCUUCUGUUCUCCCUCGUGGUGUAUUUCUGUGUAUGUGCGGUCCUGGGCCUGAUGAGAGAGGGCUGGGUAUACCUCCUGUGCCCGUGGCGGUUGCUGGGCGCUUGCAGCCUGGCGCUGGCAGCGUGUGUGUGUGGCCUCCACAUCAGCCGAUGUGCCGCCGCCGGGCGCCUGUGGGCGUCGUACCUACGGCAACGAGACGGGUACACUGACUUCUACCCGCUGGCACGGCAGAGCCAAGCUUACACCCUGCUGUCUGCCAUGCUCCUGUUCAUACUGGUGUUGAAGGCGUCCCACCAGUUGCGUUUCCUGAGGGAGUGGGCAGUGUUUGGCAGGGCUCUGAGACGCUCUGUCUGGGAACUGAUAGGAACAGGUCUGGUCCUGCUGGUCCUGCUGCUGGCCUACUCACACACAGGACACCUGCUCUUCCACUCCGUGAUGGACGGAUAUGGCAGCGUGAGCUCCGCCUGCCUGUCGUUGCUUGGCGCCGGCGGGCGUGGCCUGUUGUCCUUGCGACCAUCGUCAACAACAACCGGCCCCUCUAGCUCCGCCUCCAGCCUGGUGUUCCACGCGAGCUUCGCCGUGCUGCGGCUGGCAUUGCUAUGGCUGGUGACCUCUGCGUUGUUAAGGAACUAUCGCCGGGCGCGGGCGGAGUUGUACCGCCCGGUGGUGGACCUACAGGACUAUGAGAUGGUGGAGCUGUUUCUACGACGACUGAAGAUGUGGAUGGGCCUCAGCCGUACCAAGGAGUUUCGUCACAAGGUGCGUUUUGAGGGCAUGGAGCCCCCCCCCUCUCGCUCCUCCUCCACCAGUGACUGUCAGUCCCUGUGCCUGCCCCCUCUGGACGGCUCCGAGUCGCCCCCCAGCUCUGGCAGCCUGGACGGGACCUCUGAGGCCUCCUGGAGACCCACCUCUUCCAGCCCCUGUAGCCUGACAGAGGCCCCCGGGCUGAGCCUGGGUCCCGGGGGAUUGGGACCAGGUGCGUUGGCGGGUGGAACAGCCUGGCGAGAAAGGGCGGAGACUGAGGCGACUCUGAAAAGACUUCUGCCCACACUGGACGCUUUGCUGCAGCAGCUGGACCGGGUCACCGUGGCGACCGAGGAGCUGUACCGUACCGAGUGUGUCCUGGAGCAGGGCCGAGGAGGGAAGGGGAGGAGAGGGGAGGAGGAGAGGGGGAGAGGAAAGGGGGAGGAGAAAGACUCUGCUGGACAGAGAGAAAGAAAAGGAGGUCAGCAGAAAGUCAACACUGUGGUGGGGGUAGUGGGCGUGGCUCAGCCUAAAGAUACAGGGAACUCUGGGGCUAACCCUAAACACACCCCGAAAUCGACCCCUGUCCCGGUUCCUGCCCCUACAUCUACCCCUGCCCCGAAAUCAACCCCUGUCCCGGUUCCUCCCCCUAUAUCUACCCCUGCCAUGAAAUCGGCCCCUGAUCCUACCCCAAUAUCUACCCCUGCCCUUAAACCUACUCCGAAAUCUACCCCUGUAUCUGCCCCUAUAUCUGACCCAAAAUGUACCCCAGUUUCUCCCCAUAUCAUAUCCCCUGCCUUGACCCCUGCUCCUGCCCCUGUACCCCUCUCUACUCCCGCCCUACCCUCCACCCCUGCCCCCUCCUCCUCCUCCUCAACUCCCGCCCCUCGAGAGUGACCCCCUACGGAGAGAGAGACCCUGCCCCCCAGCCUCUUCAACCACCCGGCCCACACCACCACCAUUCCCACACGCAAACGCAAGCCCCCGCCGCUCAAGAACAAGGUGCACCCCAACCCAGACAGGCAUGUGUCCGGACACCCCAAACCCUGAGGACCCCUCCUGAAGGACCCUCAAGAAGAAGAAAGGAUGUUAGGGAUGGAUGGACAGAACGGGCCGUAGGGAGGAGUGGAAGGAAAGGAAGGAUC